AUGACGGCAGCAAUUCAAAUCCUUGCUUAUGGGGUAUCGGCUGAUUUUUUAGAUGAGAUUGUGAGAAUAGGAGAAAGCACCGCAAUAGAGAGUCUAAAGAGAUUUGUCAAAGCGGUGAUUGAGAUUUUUUCCGGUGAAUACUUAAGGCCACCCACUAGCAAUGACAUUCCUAGAUUGCUAGCAGUUGGCGAACGGUGUGGAUUUCUUGGGAUGUUGGGUAGCAUUGAUUGUAUGUAUUGGAAAUGGAAGAAUUACCCAAUGGCAUGGAAAAGAAUGCAUAGUGGCUAUAUUCACGAACCGACAGUUAUUCUGGAAGACAUAGCGUCAUAUGAUCGAUGGAUAUGGCAUGCAUAUUUUGGAUUACCGGGAUCUAAUAAUGACAUCAAUGUAGUUCUUUGA